ACAAAGCAAACAUCCCCCGAGCAGCACCGCCGCCCUCGGGAGCGGAGUUCCCCUCACCAGGGGCGCUGACGCGAGACCUGCCGACACCGCCACGGGAACGACGAAAUCAAGAUGGCGGCAGUCCGCCGGCAGGGCUGAGACUACACCUCCCAGCAUGCCCUGUGGCACUAUCGAGGGGAAGCAGCGCCUCGCUUACGGCUCCGCGGUGCUGGACUACACCUCCCGUGGGGCGCCGCGCGGCUGGCGGGGCGGGGCUGGUGAGUGGUGGCUCGGAGUGCCCGCCUCCCCUAAAAUGGCGGCGGCGGCGGCGCGCUGAGCGGGCGCGCGCUCGCCCCUCCUCCCCUCAGCGUCCCGGUGUUGUGGCUCUGGCCGCGGGCGGGGUCUGCGGGGCCUCGCUGAGGGGAGUCUGGGGCUGCGAGCCUGGUCGCCGGCCGGUCGCUGGCAGCUCGCUGGCAGGGGUGGGCGGCGCUCGACGGCGGCACCCGCUCAGGUAGAGCCCGGCGCUCCCGUCCCUUCGGCAGGAGGAGGAGGAGGAGGCUGCUGUGGGCGGGGGCCGCUCCGGCUCUUUCCCAGCUCGGCGGUGGCUGCGGCUCCGGGCUCCAUGUCGGACAACCAGAGCUGGAAUUCCUCCGGCUCCGAGGAGGACCCUGAGACCGAGCUCGGGUUGCCCAUUGAGCUCUGCGGGGUGCUCAGCAAGUGGACCAACUACAUUCAUGGGUGGCAGGAUCGAUGGGUAGUUCUGAAAAGCAACACACUCAGUUAUUACAAGUCUGAAGAUGAAACUGAGUAUGGCUGCAGAGGCUCUAUCUGUCUGAGCAAGGCUGUGAUUACACCUCAUGACUUCGAUGAAUGCAGAUUUGAUAUCAGUGUGAAUGAUAGUGUUUGGUACCUCCGAGCUCAGGACCCAGACCACAGACAACAGUGGGUAGAUGCAAUAGAACAACACAAGACUGAAUCUGGCUAUGGAUCAGAGUCAAGUUUGCGACGCCAUGGCUCCAUGGUGUCUCUUGUCUCUGGAGCAAGUGGAUACUCUGCAACAUCCACCUCUUCGUUCAAGAAGGGCCAUAGCUUACGUGAGAAGCUUGCAGAAAUGGAAACUUUUAGAGACAUCUUGUGUAGACAAGUUGAUACUUUACAGAAAUACUUUGAUGCUUGUGCAGAUGCAGUUUCCAAGGAUGAACUCCAGAGGGAUAAAGUGGUAGAAGAUGAUGAAGAUGAUUUCCCUACAAUGCGUCCUGAUGGGGAUUUUGUACAUAAUAGUAACAGCAGUAAGGAAAAAUUGUUUCCACAUGUGACACCCAAAGGAAUUAAUGGCAUAGACUUUAAAGGAGAAGCUAUAACUUUCAAGGCAACUACUGCUGGAAUCCUUGCUACACUCUCUCAUUGUAUUGAACUCAUGGUAAAACGUGAAGAAAGCUGGCAAAAAAGGCUAGAUAAGGAGGUAGAGAAAAGGAGAAGAAUUGAAGAAGCCUACAAAAAUGCUGUGACAGAACUGAAGAAAAAGUCCCACUUCGGAGGGCCGGACUAUGAGGAGGGUCCUAAUAGUCUGAUUAAUGAAGAAGAAUUCUUUGAUGCUGUUGAAGCUGCUCUUGAUAGACAGGAUAAAAUGGAAGAACAGUCCCAAAGUGAAAAGGUUAGAUUACACUGGCCAACAUCCUUACCUUCUGGAGAUGCAUAUACUGCUGUGGGGACUCAUCGAUUUGUGCAAACGCCCUAUAGUCGCUCUUCCUCCAUGUCUUCCAUUGAUCUAGUCAGUGCCUCUGAUGAUGUUCACAGAUUCAGCUCCCAGGUGGAAGAGAUGGUGCAAAAUCAUAUGACAUAUUCCUUGCAAGAUGUAGGAGGAGAUGCCAAUUGGCAGCUAGUGGUAGAAGAAGGAGAAAUGAAGGUAUACAGAAGAGAGGUGGAAGAGAAUGGAAUAGUUCUAGAUCCUUUGAAAGCAACGCAUGCUGUUAAAGGGGUAACAGGGCAUGAAGUUUGCCACUACUUCUGGAAUGUCGAUGUUCGUAAUGACUGGGAAACAACAAUUGAAAAUUUUCAUGUUGUGGAAAAUCUAGCAGAUAAUGCAAUCAUCAUUUACCAGACACAUAAGAGGGUGUGGCCAGCUUCUCAAAGGGAUGUGCUGUAUUUGUCUGCCAUCAGAAAAAUACCAGCAUUUAGUGAAAAUGAUCCAGAAACAUGGAUUGUGUGCAAUUUCUCUGUAGAACAUGACAGUGCUCCUCUGAACAAUCGCUGUGUCCGUGCCAAAAUCAAUAUUGCUAUGAUUUGUCAGACAUUAGUAAGCCCACCAGAGGGGAACAAGGAAAUAAGCAGGGACAACAUCCUGUGCAAGAUUACAUAUGUAGCUAAUGUGAACCCAGGAGGAUGGGCACCAGCAUCAGUGCUACGAGCAGUGGCUAAACGAGAGUAUCCAAAGUUCUUGAAGCGUUUUACAUCAUACGUGCAAGAGAAAACAGCAGGAAAGCCUAUUUUAUUCUAGUAUUAGCAGCAAUCAGAACAAGACUGAGUGAGCAUUCCACGUUGGAGAAGUGACCAUGCAUAGAGCACUCCAUGCUGGAACGAAGGAUCUACAGUCUUUUUAUGGCCUGAGUUCUAGGCUUUGUAUACUGAAGUGAAGAAGUGUUGCAACACCAUGAGGCUGAAUAUUUAAAAGUAGCUCUCUCCUGUUAACUUUUCUUGCUGAAUCAGUGUGUAAUUAUAAAUACAUGUAUUGAUAACAUGUAUAUGGCUCUACUUUUAUUUGCUUGCUUUAGAAGAAGAGCAUAUACAACUUUGAAUCACCAACAUGGGUUACCACUUUAAUUUUAAACAAGUUGCAGAAUUUCACUGUCGGCCUUCCUAAGAUACUUGUGCUGUUUUUGUGCAUGUCUAAAAAGCACAAAAGACAAAUGCACAUAUAGCAUAUUGUAUGUGCUUUAUAUGCACAAAAAUUUGUAUGGUAUUUUGGGGGAGUUUGGAGGAGGAGCUUCAGUAAAACGUAGGUGACUUGUUGAUAGGUUUUGUUCUGCUUUGUAUAAUCACAGUUCAUUGCUGCUGAUUUCUAUAAUGAAUCAUCUUGUUACAUAAAAUGUCAGUUAAUAACUGAGGGCUGUCAAUAUCUUUAUGACUUUGCCUUUUCUAUUGUCUUACUCUUAUGAAGAUCUUUAGUUCUGAAGGAGUAAGAGUGUGAAAAGCUUUAUUUUUUCCAGAUAUCUUUAUAUUUCUAUUGUAUUUUUUAGUUAUGUAAUAUGUGCCGCAGAAUUUUUGUUAUUGAACAUGAUCCAGAAUUAUCUAGAAAGAUUCUGUAUAAGAGGGCAAGAGACUCCCUGAAACCUAGAAGACAUCUGUCCAUGCUAUAUGUGGAUUGCUUUCUUGCAUGAUAUCCAGGGUUUUCCCAAACUGUGAGAAGGUACACUAUAAUAUUUAUUGAAGUCAUUUGGAUUACAUAAGACAACAUUCCCAGUCUACAAUGAGGAUGAGUACAUUAUUUUCAGAUCCUGCAUGUGUUUUCCUCAUCUUAAUAAAAGCUAUUUUCAUGUAGAAAAUUAUUUGCCUCUUGAUCAAAGACCCAUCAGAGCUAUAAGAAUGCAUAGUUCUAACUGGAAAGUUCCCUUUGGCUGCUGUGACAAUUUAAAUGUCAGAUGUUUGCCUAGCUUUGAUUCUGGAGAGGCUGAUCAGGAGAGGACUGUAUCAGGCUAGUAUUGACUUUGAGGUCUUUUCUCCAUGUCCUGUAGUUGGAAGCUCUUCAGAGACUGCUCAGUGUUUCACUAACCUGUAUAUCUUGAGGAAAAUAGUUUCAGACAUUUUAUUUUCAAAAGAAAGCUGAAAGUCUUAUUUGAUAUAGUGUGCUAGGUGCCUGAAAAGAAAUAGAAUAUAGUAACAAUGAAGAUUUGGUAAAUGAUUAAAUGUGAUCUGCACAGCGUUGAAAAACUUCUUUCUUCAUCUUCUGUGUAGAGAUGAAACCGUACCUAACACACGCAUGCAGAUUUCAUGCUCCAUAACACUUCCCUUUUUAUUUGCCUUUCUCUAAUGGUGUGCAUGGAAUAUGCCUUAUUACAGAGUUAUUCUGUUAAUUUGACUAUGUAGAAAAGUGCCUAUAUGGUAAUGUUAGUAAGGCAAAUAAGAUGAAAAUUUGUACAUGUUUACUAUAUCACUAGUGAGCAUUUUAUAUACCAACUUUAAAAAAACAAAUCUUAUACCUCAAAUGUACUUCAUCUUUUUACAAUCAACCAAGCAGUGGUAUAUUCCACCAUAGACACUGAUGGGAACUUUAAAAAAAAAAUCCAAAAUAGAAAGAGUUUAACUCCUUAUUUGCCAUUUCUGGUAAUUGUUGGAACACGGGCAAGUUUAUUAAUUUAAUUGGAUAGCUUUAUUUUACAAAGGUAUGGAAAGUUUACAAAGCAGUGUAUAAACUUAUAUCAUUAGUUGCAUUUGCACUAAAUGUGGUGUACUUUUGCGAUUUAUUCUGUAAAUAAAAUUACACUACAGAUACUAUUUGUAAAGAAAUGUUUUACUUUUAGAUAAAGGCACUGGUACUUCACUGUAGCUAGCCCUGCCCAGAGCUGUAAGAGGCUUUUUAAAGAAUUUAGAAGGAGUUGCAUGACUGAGAAAUCAGUAUAAAUUCACCUUUUUAAAAAAGAAGGAAGAAGGCCUCUCAGAUUGUCCUUGUGAGUAGCUAUUAGAUCCUGUCUUCUGGAAGGGAUUUUGCUUUUAGACAAUUUGCCCUGUCUCUUGAGCCCAUCCCUCUUUUCAGUCACUGUCACAUAUCUGUGCAUUGUGAGUUCAUUUCUUCCUGUUAAUGGAUCAGUAGAAUUUAUGCAGCUGUGGUGGUCUUUGCAGAAGCAGCUCCUGACUCUAGAAUGAACCACUUUGAAAGGCUGAAAAUGCAGCAGUCUUCUCCAUCAGAUAUCAUUCUCUGACUAUCUGCAUCUGUUUGGAGAAUUUCAAUGUUGCCAAACUAGAUCUGAAGGGCAUAAUUUGAUAGUACUUGUACUGGGAAUGAAGAUGAGACAGUCAUUGUUAUUCUGUCUGAGAACCUGAACAUUUUUGACGAAUUUAUCUGUGAAAAAAUGUGAUGCACUUUGAAAAAAACCUUACCUUUUACUUAGUUGGGCUGAGCUGGCUUAUCUGAAGUUGUGCAGAUUCUCUUUAAUCAGAUUGUCCACCUGUAUUUUUGUCAAGUUGUACAGAUAAUGCUGUAUUUGAAUUACCACUGUUUAUUUACAGACUUAAAACAUGAAUCAUAUUUUUGAGUACCUUGAGUGUGUAGAGUUGUAACUGUUCUAUAAUAGCUUUAUGAUUCUAAUCAUAAGUUUUAAAAGUUAAAAGAAGUUGGCUCUUACAUGUUACAAUCACAAAUUUAAAACCAGUAUUUAAAAGUGAAAGGUAUUAAAAAUUAUGAAGAAAAA